AUGAAUAGUAGUUGUAAAGUGUGCAAGCAGGGCUACAAUGGACCCAACUGUGCAUUCCAUUGUCGAUAUCCAAACUACGGCAUGGGUUGCCAGACUAAAUGUAACUGUGAAGAAUCUGAGUGUAAUCAUAUUGCAGGCUGUAUGCACAUAACAAUUGCAGGUUCAACUGUAACUAGUAAGUCUAUCGCAGAGAACCUAAUGACACGGGUAUCAACGACUCCUUACCAAGCGACUGUCAACGUAACUACAAAUGAAGGAAUUCUUCACCAGAUAAUAAAAUGGACAGGCUUGGAUUUCACAACCAGCAUAAUAAUAUUUAGUAUCUGUUUAAUUGGCAUUGUAUUAUCCGUUAUGCUUGGUAUUUACAUAACCUGCAACAAAAUGGACACUGCGGAGGACGUUUAUGUAGAAGUAAAUGAUAUUACAGAACAAAAGUCAAUGCCAGAAAAUGUGACAUCUUCACUUUAAGCGCGUUCUUUAUGUUGUUCCUAUGUGUACCUACUCUUUGUUAUUCAUUGAAAUAUCACA